AUGGGUUCCGCGCUCUGGCCUCCGCCUCUCGCUGAGGGCGCGGCCCGUGCUCUGCGUGUGGGCCUCUUUGGUGCCGCACCGCCUACGACCCGCCUGGUCCUCCGCAGGUUAUCUCCAGGUGCUCUGCUUCGGAUACGCGUUCUUAGUGGUUGCCUGCCGCUGCAGUUCGUCGGAAUGGCCUAUGUUCCAUUGAAAAAGGUCUGCCCAGACCAUUCUCGCUGGAAAGUCCAGAUCAGAGCUGUUCGCUUUACUGAGAAGUUCACAAAUGAUAAGCCGCCAAAAAUCUACAGGUUUGAAUUUGUCAUGCUGGAUGAGGAGAAUACUGCCAUGGAGGCUAUCAUCCCACCAAAAUGGAUCGACGAACAAAGGCCGAAGCUUAUAGAAGGGGCUGUGUACAAUAUACAAUAUUUUGAGAUUUGCAAUGCAAGAGCAAUCUAUCGGGCUGUUGACCAUCCGUACAUGGCUCGCUUCACGAAGCACACCAAGAUCAGUAAGCUUCAAACGGUUCCUCCGAACUUUCCAGCAUAUGCAUGCUGCAUCACGCCAUUUCACGUGCUCCGUGCUAGAGUGGGUAACAGAGAGCAUAUGUCAGAUGCUAUGGGCCUGUUUACUAAGUGCUCACGCAUGACAAAGCAAUCAACCAAGCAUGGAAUACAGUCAUUGAUCAAUGUCCACAUUACUGAUGGCAGGGACAAUGCUAUACUUGCUCUAUGGGGCUCGCAUGCAGAAAGGUUUGAUGCUCAAGCACUCAUGGAAAUGAGCAAAAAUGAUCCUGUGGUGCUCCUCUUUGUUGGCGUCACUUCCAACACUUUUGAUGGUCAACUGACGCUUCAAUGCUCAACAACAUGCACCUGGUAUGUCAACCCUAAUCUGCCGGAGGCGGCGCUGCUGCGGCAAAGUUUUGGAAGUGCUAUUGGGCAUCCGUAUUGGAUAGGUGAACGAUAUAAGAAUAGUCAGCAGGCUACCACUGUCGCUGAUUUGUCCACCAUUGAAAAUCCACAUGAAGCGGAGGGUAACAAAUACAAGGUCAUUGCAAGGAUCAAGGAACUGGUUCCAAAUCAGCAGUGGUGGUAUCUAGCAUGUACCAAAUGCAAGAGAAGCACAAGGGCCAAUGGAGAUAGUUACAAAUGCUAUGACACUACAUGCCCUGGAACAGGUGCCAUUCCAAGGUACAAAAUUCCUUUCCUUGCGGUUGAUCCAGAAACUGCUUCAGAACACGAACAGAAGGCAAUUGAGAUCAUCUGCUUCGGAGCGGUUGCCGAUGAAAUGGUUGGAUCAACAGCUGACAGCAUUGUGGCUGCUAGCUCAAAUGUUCAGGGAUUUAUUCCUGAACAGAUCAAAAGAAUGUAUGGUGCCAGAUAUGACUUCAGCCUGAGUGUGCCAAGAGGUGCUGUUCGCUUUGGAAGAACAAGCUUCAGAAUUGAUUCUUUUGCAAGAAUUACCGAACUCGAAGAACAAGUGCCUCCUCAAAUGGCACCGCGCAACUCUAAAGAAAACAUGACAACUGCUGUCUCUAUGCACACCAGCCAAUCUGAUCCAUCAAACAAGGGAGCCAACACACCUGUUAAGGAUGUCCUGGACAUUGCCGCAGUGCCGAUGACUAGCACACCACUCCUUGCCAAGGAAAAACGUGCCAUUAGCGAAACCAACGCAGAAGGGGAGCUUGAGGACAGCGACUGUGAAACUAUCAUGCCUUCAGACAAGAAGGCACGCACAGCUAGGAAGCUCUCCAUGACUGCCAGCGAAGAUGAUGAGUAGCCACCUUAGGUUACUAACAUAGAUCAGGGCUACAACAUCUGUUACUGACUAGGACAUCACAUGAAUUGUAUCUCACUAGAGUGGGCUGCGGGGCCAAACACAGCUGGUCACCAACUCAACCUCCCUCAUAUUUUGUUGUGAUGCUUCUUUUGUGCCAAAGCGUCUGUAACCUCCUAUGCCUGCCAUACAGUGUUUGUAUUGUGGACC